CUUCGAAAAACAAGUUUUUGUUUGGGAGGGGAUUAGUAUGGUUUUUCUAAUUUAUUUUUCAAUUUUGUUUUGCUCUUUUUUGUUUAUUUGUCUUACAACUCUUGUCAUUUUCCGUUUUUUCAUUUAUCAAAUUUUAUCAGUCUUUUUGUCUAUUGUUUUAUUUAUAAGCCUUAUGAAAGAUCCAAAACUCUAUCAAAUAAGUUUAACUUAUGUGAACGAACUCUCAAUUAUAUCCCAAACUUUGUGCCAAAUUAGUAUAUCUAUCUAA